UCGAUUCAUGUGAAAUGAAACGGAUACCUGCUCGCUGACGCGUGGGCGUACAUAGAAUGCAUGAAAAGCAAGGGGGAAUAUUGCAUAUUACCUGCAAACCCCCUGCUUCAAAUCUAUCGGUUUUCUGAAUUCACAGAAUCUCAUGGUGUGAAGGCGUGGCCAUGCGGAUGAGUUCUAGGAGCCACGGAGAGGCGCCCCUUGGGCCUGGGCUCCAUGUUUUUCUAUUCUGGACCAAAGAGGGUGAACGCUACCUCUCUCACAGGGAGGGAGAGGUGACUGCUGAGGAGCUGUCAAUCCUCUCAGCCCAGCAAGUGGGUAUCACCCCUCUGUGCCACAGUCUGUUUGCUCUGUAUAGCCCCUCCUCCUGCUGCUGGUACAGCCCCAACCACACAUUCAACCCAGAGACCAGCCUUGUCCUGCACUUCCGCAUGAGGUUCUACUUCAGGAACUGGCAUGGCAUGAGUGACAAGGAGCCGGUCGUGCACCGCCACGCCCUUUACACCGCUGGCCGGCCGAACCCUGUCACUGCGGACACAGGGCAUGGAGGCACGCCCCUCCUGGAGCAGCCUUCCCUCGAGUACCUGUUCGCUCAGUCUAAGUUUGACUUUGUGAACGACGUCGCCCCCCUGCCGGAGGCUCGUGGGGAGGAGCUGAGCCGCUUUAAGAAUGAGAGUUUGGGCAUGGCCGUCCUGCACCUGUCUCAUGAGGCACUGCUGUCUGGAUGCACGCUCCAGGAAGUGGCCAAAAAGAUCAGCUUCCAGCAGUGCAUCCCGAGGUCGUUGGAGCAGCUGUUGACCCAGGACAGCUGGCUGACGCGGCUGCGUAUCCGCCGCGUGUUCGGCCAGUUCGUGCGGAGCUUCCAGCAGCACACGGUGAGCGCAGGCCGCCUCGGCCUGCAGGACCUGAUGUACAAGUACCUGUCCACCCUGGAGCACCUGGCCCCCGGCUUCGGCUCCGAGACCUUCCCCCUCGCGCACCUGAGCCUGCAGUCCGAGUGGGGCGGCAACAGCGCUUACCUCAGCGCGCCACCCAGCACCCCGCCCACCGCCGUCAUCACUCACCAGGUCCUGGUGUCGGGGACCGGCGGCAUCCAGUGGAGGGAGGUGCCCCAGCCCGAGGCCCCGGCUGCCCAGGAAAACGGCUCUGUCGGUAAAGGAAACCGAAGGGCAAGAAAACGGGCUAAGCCCCUCCCCCCGCAGCAGGAGGGCGACGCGCCAAUCAACUGGAACUCCUUCUGCGACUUCCCGAGCAUCUACCACAUCCGCAUCGCUGGAUCCCGCGUCUGCGUCACCCUGCAGGACAACCUGUCCAUGGACAUGUGCCUGGGCUCCAGUCUGCAGGCCCGCUCCUUUGUCUCUCUGGUUGACGGGUAUUUUCGCCUGACGGCUGUCCCUCAUCACUACCUCUGUCAUGAGGUGGCCCCGCCUAGAGUAGUGCUGAGUGCGAACAACGGCCUGUACGGACCCAUGCGGGAGGACUUUGCCCUUCAGAGGCUGAGGAAAGAAAGUGGAGAGUCGGGGGUGUUUCUCCUGCGCUGGAGUGUUCUAGACUUUCACCGCAUCAUCCUGACCGUCAUUAACAAUGGCCAGGAUAGUGUGGGCUCUCAUCGGCAGUUCCGCAUCCAGCAGAAGGGGGCGGUGUUUGUCCUGGAGGGCUGGGACCGGGAGUUCAGUAGCAUCAGGGAGCUCAUCGACAGCCUGAAGCCCUGCGUGCUCAAGUCUGGCCAGGACUCUUUUACUGUGCGGAAGUGCUGUCUGCCACGAGCCGAAGAGCUUACAGACCUGACUGUAGUUCGGGGCCAGAAGUUCGACCCUGUCCGUGACUCGAAUGCCCUGAACCUGAGCCAACUACGUUUCCACCAGAUCAGAGACAAGGAGAUCACACAGGACCAGAAUUUAGGGCGGGGCACCAGGACCAGCAUCUACUCUGGCUGGCUGCGGGUUGCAGCCGACGAAGAGGAGGACGACGACGGCUUCGGCGAGCGGAACAACAACCUGAGCAAAGGCAAGGGCAUCCGCGUGGUGCUGAAGAUCCUGGAGCAGAGCCACAGAGACAUCGCGCUGGCGUUCUUUGAGACUGCUAGUCUGAUGAGUCAGGUGUCUCACAGUCACCUGGUUUUUGUCCACGGAGUUUCUGUCAAAGGAUCAGAGAACAUUAUGGUGGAGGAGUUUGUGGAGUAUGGGCCACUGGACAUUUUCCUGCAGAAAGAGAGGGGCGUGGUCACUCCCCAGUGGAAGUUCACAGUUGCAAAGCAGCUGGCCAGUGCCCUGACCUACCUGGAGAACAAGCGUCUGGUGCAUGGCAACGUUUGCGCCAAGAACAUCCUCGUGGCUCGGAAGGGUUUGGAGUUGGGCACCGCCCCCUUUGUUAAACUUAGUGACCCAGGCAUCGCCGUCACCGCCCUCUCCCGGGAAGAGCGUGUGGAGCGUGUUCCCUGGCUGGCCCCAGAGUGCUUGUCUGACGCGCCGCGUCCAGGGAGCACGGCUGACCAGUGGAGCUUCGGAGCCACGCUGCUGGAGAUCUGCAACGACGGAGUCCUGCCCAUGAGCAAGUGCACGGUGGCAGAGAAAGAGCGCUUUUACGAAACGAGGAGUCACCUCCCGGAGCCCGCAUCCCAGGAACUGGCCAGCUUCAUCGGCAUGUGUCUGACCUACGACCCCGCAGAGAGACCGUCCUUCCCCACCAUCCUCCGAGAGCUGACUGACCUGCAGUAUAAGAACCCUGACAUCUCCUCCAAGUUUGAGUCCGUCCCCGAUGCAGACCCCAGCGUCUUUCACAAGCGCUACCUGAAGAAGAUCCGAGACCUGGGAGAGGGGCAUUUUGGGAAGGUGAUGCUGUAUGUGUAUGACCCUGCCAAUGACGGGACGGGAGAGUAUGUGGCGGUGAAGGUGAUGAAGCAGGAGAGCCGGGCCCAGCCCAACGGAGGCUGGAGGAAGGAGAUCGACAUCCUCAAGUCUCUCUGCCACCAGAACAUCGUCAAGUACAAAGGCUGCUGCUCGGAACUCAGUGGGGAGGUUGUGCAGCUGAUCAUGGAGUAUCUUCCGCUGGGUAGCCUCAGGGACUACCUGCCCAAACACCAUGUGAACAUGGCACAGAUUCUCCUCUUUGCUGAACAGAUCUGCCAGGGUAUGGAGUACCUGCACUCCAAGCGUUACAUCCACCGGGACCUGGCUGCCCGGAACGUUCUGGUGGAGAACGAGAACAUGGUGAAGAUCGGGGACUUCGGGCUCAGCAAGCACAUCCCGGAGGGGGAGGUGUACUACCGGGUCCGAGAGGAUGGAGACAGCCCCGUAUUCUGGUAUGCCAUCGAGUGCCUGAGGGAAAGCAAAUUUUCCUUCUCUUCUGAUGUCUGGUCCUUUGGAGUGACGCUGUACGAGCUUCUGACCCGCUGUGACCACCGACAGAGCCCUCCCACGAAAUUCUUUGAGAUGAUGGGCACUGUUCAGGGACAGAUGACUGUGAUGAAGCUGAUUGAACUGCUGGAGAGACGCAGAAGACUGUCCUGCCCUCGAAACUGCCCACAGCAGGUGUACCUGGAGAUGCAGCAUUGCUGGGAUGCGGACCCCAGCCGACGCCCCUCUUUCUCGUCCCUAAUCACAUCUCUCGGAGAGAUUCGCAAAACCUACCAACAGUACCCAAUGAUCCAGCUGAACCAGGUCAACCCCUGCUGACCGCUCCUCUCCGCAACCACACCCCACCCCCAACCGCACCCCUUGAUUUGCACUUAACUUUUGCACAGAAGUAUAAAGCCUGAACCAGCCACCUCACCGCCAGCCUAGCCUAACUCAGAAAUGACAUUAUGCCUGAAUUACGAACGGGAAACGAGGACUUCUGCAGAACACCCCAACUCGAUGCAGAGACUGCCCUGAACAUGGAACGACACCGUCAGACUGUACCCCCGAUGGUCUGAUCUGUAGCGCUGUGCUGAGCCAGGAGGUUAUGAUAGGAUUUCUCAAUGGGCUUCAUUCCUGAACGCUGACGGAGUGAAGACAUUUUUUUCCCUUACAUGGCCAAAUAUAUAAUUUGUGUUUUGCUGUUGUUGUUUUGUUUUUUUCCUUUGAAGGCAUUUUCCUAUGCAGGAUUUUUAGCCUUAUUUUAGUCCUGUGUUUACAAUCAGAUCCCCUCCUCUGGCCUCAACCUGCUCAUUCACCCUCGUUGAGGGCAGGAAAUAACCUUGAGCACAGCAAGCAUAGCUAGCUGGACAGCUAGUGGUAAUUUUACUUUGCUGGUCCAACAGACAACACCAGCUCCGCAUCACUCAUCCCCUUGGCAAACCUUUUUUUAAAUGUUAUUUGUAUAGAAGCCUGUCACAAGAAAAGACAGUCACAAAGACACUUUACAGAGUAGCAGAAGGGAGAACACCAGGCUUGAACCCCCCAAAAUAGCAAGCACACGAGGUAAAAAAAAAGAAAUAAUAGUACAUGGGGAGACGUAGUGUGGAGAACUAAAGCUGUCGCCAUUCAGGUAAAGCAGUUCCUACGGUUGACUCUGGUUCUUGAACGAGCCCUGUUGGCUUGUUGCUUCGUUGUACUUCUGCUACUUUGCUACUAUUCAGCUGCAAACACUCUGUGGAAACCUGAGCCCAUCCCACAUGCUCUGGAGCCACACACACCCCUCCCUACACAGAAAAGAGUGUGAUGUCCAAAAAUGUCCCAGACACUUGUUGGAAGAAGAAAUGCAGGCAGAGGAGCAUGGAUUUGGCAAGCUUAUCGCAAAGACGUAGAUUGCCAGUGCAUAUAGAUAUGACUGAGCAUGAUUAUUUUAUAAUGUUCAAUGUAAAAAUCCUGCAUAGUAUGCCUUUAAUAAUCUUAAACUGUUGAUCUUAAUGUAUACAGAACUGCUGCCUUAACUGAUUUCUUUAUUUUCUAUUACAUUUUAUAUUUGAAUGUAAGGUCAGUCAAAUUUUAUGAAAGGGUUUUUAUGAAAAGUACCAGUGAACUUGCUCUACAUGCAAUGAUUACCAAAUAAAUACAAAUGAACAAAGCAGGUUGCUAUAAGAUUCAAAUUAUGCUGUUUACCCUGUUGUCUUAGAUUUGCAGUCAUGUCAAGGUAUAUUUCCCCACAUAAAUGUGACCUUUUUUAAACUCUGUAAAAAAGUUCAUGUGUUUGAGAAAGAAUGUAUGUAUCCAUGUAGGUGUGUCAUGUGAGUGCUUAUAUAUGUAUGUUAAUGUGUGAUGUGAUCAAUGUAAAAUAUCUAUAUGAAGUACACUGGUAAUAAAACGAAAAUUCAGCACCGCACCCAGGCACAUUCAGCAUUUAAUAUUAUAUUGUGUUCCUCUUUGUUCUUACAGAGCAAGCUGUCCACAGAACAAUGCACAAGACGGAAUACAGUAACAACCAUUAUGCAGUAAUAACUUGGUAGAUAGCUGACGGUUUAUUAACCAUUAUGCACACUCAUAGCUUUACUCAGCAAAGCUUGUUGCUUUACUGAUUUGACCCCUUUAUCCAAUGCCCACUACAGGCUACAAUGGCGUGGUCCUGUAGAUAUUUAAUGCAAUAACCUAUUGGAGGUAUCUUUAAAUUGAUAUAUUACGGCUCAACUGUAUGUGUAUCAAUGUAGUACAAUAUUGACAUUUUGCAAAUGCCAUGUUCACAAAGUAGUAUGUGUGAAUUAAAUGUGGAUUACUUAGUGUGAAAUGUGCAUUUUUGAAAUGUUUUAAAAAAGAAUACAUUGCUUGAAAACA